AUGGCGCUCGCAAGUACGUUCGAAGCGCACGGAUCAAGCGCACGGAUCGGGCGCUCGACUCACAUGUACGUUCCACGCACCCGCUUCCGCCCGUCGCACUCCCUUCCGCACGCCUGCACUCCCUUCCGCACGUCGCACUCUCUUACGCCCAUCAAACUCCCUCCCGCCGUCGCCCUACUGCCCGUCGCUCUCCCUAGCGCACGUCGCACUCACUUCCGCCGACGCUCCCUUCCGCCCGUCACCUUCCCUUCCGCCCGUCGCACUCACUUCCGCCGUCGCCAUCCCUUCCGCCCGUCGCCCGUCACCUUCCCUUCCGCCCGUCGCCCUCCCUUCCGCCCGUCGCCCUCCCUUCCGCCCGUCGCCCUCCCUUCCGCCGUCGCCAUAGAUUCCGCCCGUCGCUCGUCGCCAUGCCUUCCGCCCGUCGCCCUCCCUUCCGCCCGUCGCCCUCCCUUCCGCCGUCGCCAUCCCUUCCGCCCGUCACCCUCCCUUCGUCUCGUCGCCCUCCCUUCCUCCCAUUGCCCUCCCGACCACCCGCCGCCCUACCUUCCCCUCGUCGCGCUCCCUUCCGCCCGUUGCCCCCCUUUGUCUCGUCGCGCUCCCUGCUGCUCAUCGCCCUCCCUCCUGCUCUCACGCCCCCUUUCCAACCAACACACACGGUGGCCCUUCCCCUAA